AUGAAAUUUGUUAUUGCUGUGGCAGCUUCACGUUGUUGGUUUCUAUACCAACUAGAUGUCAAUAGUGCUUUCCUUCAUAGAGAGUUAUCUAAGAAAAUAUAUAUGAACCUGCCCUUUGGUGUUUCUGGCUCUACACCCACCACUGUUUGUAAGCUUAACAAGUCACUCUACGAUUUGAAACAAAUUAUUGCGCUCUUGAUUUAUGUUGAUGACAUUGUGCUCGCUGGAGAUGACUUACAGGAAAUCCAAAUUGUAAAACAGGUCUUAGAUGAUUCAUUCAAGAUUAAGGACUUAGGUUCUUUGAAAAUUUUUUUUGGUCUUGAAAUAGCCUGCUCUACUUCUGGGAUUAUCCUCAACCAGAGAAAAUAUUGUUUGGAGCUUAUUGAAGAAUGUGGGCUAUCUGGUUGUAAACUAGCCUCCUCCUCCAUUGACCCUUCCAUGAAGCUCUAUGUUGAUCAGGGUGAUCUAUAUCCAGAUCCUUCUUCUUAUCGUCGCCUAAUUGGAAGGCUACUCUAUCUCACAAAUACUCGCCCUGAUAUAUCCUUCGCACUUCAACAAUUAAGUCAAUUUAUGACUACUUCCCGCAUUCAUCACUUUGAGCCUGCUACAUGGGUUGUUCGAUACCUCAAGGGUUGUCCUGACAUUGACUUGUUUUAUUCUUCUGAAACCUCUUCUCUUAUUACAGCCUUUUUCGAUUCUGAUUGGGCAAGCGAGAUUAACAAUAAACGUUCUGUGACUGGUUUCUAUGUUUUCUUUGGCUUUGGUCUCAUUUCCUGGAAGACAAAGAAACAGUCCACUGUUUCUCGUUCAUCAUCUGAAGCUGAGUAUCGUGCACUAGCUUCGUUGACCUCUGAAUUACAAUGGCUCAAGUUUUUAUGUGAUGACUUUCAGGUGAACGUUACUACGCCCUUCCCUGUGUAUUGUGACAGCAAGUCCGCUAUCUACAUUGCUAAGAAUCCAACAUUCCAUGAGCGCACCAAACAUAUCAAGAUAGACUAUUAUGUCGCUUGCAAUCUGGUCUCAUACACCUUUUUCAUGUAG